GUAUUUUUUGUUAAAUUAACAUUUUCAAUGAAAAAAACCCUGAUAAGAGACUGAAUGAAGACCUGAAUUAGAGGAGUGGCUCUGUGAGUAGAGAGAAGAGAUAAAUGCAAGAGUUCACUUAUGGAGGCAAAGGACAAGCUUAGCAGCUGAUUGGGUGAAAUAUUGAAGGAGAGGGAAGAAGUCAAGUAUGAGAUAGCACACUUGGGGUGCAGGAAAGUGGUAUCCUCAACACAAAUCAAGAAGCUUGAUGGGGCAAGAGAGACAAAGACUGAAAAAUGUCAACAGAUAUUCAAGUCAUGGUUCCGAUGUCACAAACAAGCAUGAAUGGCCCAGAUGAGAGGAUUAUAUUAGGGACUCUUACAGAAAUAAAAAAGCAACCAGAGACUGUGUUGAGUUUUCAUAACAUCUGCUAUCAAGUGAAAGUGAAGACAGGCUUUAUAGGAUGUCGGAAGAUCGUUAAAAAAGAAAUUCUCAAGAAUGUCAAUGGGAUCAUGAAGCCAGGCCUCAAUGCCAUUCUGGGACCCACAGGUGGUGGCAAAUCUUCAUUGUUAGAUGUUUUAGCUGCUAGGAAAGACCCUCAAGGACUAUCAGGACAAGUUUUACUGAACGGAGCUCCUCAGCCUGCCAACUUCAAAUGUAAUUCAGGUUAUGUUGUACAAGAUGAUGUUGUGAUGGGUACUCUCACAGUAAAAGAAAACCUACAAUUCUCAGCAGCACUUCGACUUCCAACAAGCAUGAAGAACCGUGAAAAGAAUGAACGAAUUCAAAGGAUUAUCAAGGAGCUAGGUUUGGAGAAAGUAGCUGAUUCCAAGGUGGGAACUCCAUUUUCUCGUGGUGUGUCUGGAGGAGAGAGAAAAAGGACCAGUAUUGGAAUGGAGCUUAUUUCUGAUCCAUCUGUUUUGUUUUUGGAUGAACCCACGACUGGCUUAGAUUCCAGCACAGCAAAUGCUGUUCUUUUACUAUUGAAGAGGAUGUCUAAGCAGGGAAAAACAAUCAUUUUCUCUAUACAUCAGCCUCGCUAUUCCAUCUUUAAAUUGUUUGACAGUCUUACCUUACUGGCUUCUGGAAGAUUGAUUUACCAUGGUCCUGCUCAGGAAGCCUUGGAGUACUUUGCUUCUGCUGGUUAUCGUUGUGAGCCCUAUAAUAAUCCAGCAGAUUUCUUCCUGGAUGUCAUCAAUGGAGACUCUUCGGCUGUGCUAUUAAAUAGAGAUGAAGGAACUGGUGAAGCUAAGAAAAAUUCUGAUUCUGCUCAGCAUAAGCCCAUUAUAGAUGAAUUAGCAGAGAUUUAUCUUAGUUCCACCUACUUCAAAGAAACCAAAGCAGAACUAGAUAAAUUGUCUAUGGGAAUUCAAAAGAUGAAGACAACUGUUUUCAAGGAAACAAUUUAUAUUACUUCCUUCUUUCAUCAACUCAAAUGGGUGUCCAAACGGUCAUUCAAAAAUUUGCUGCGUAGCCCUCAGGCCUCCAUAGCUCAGGUAAUGAUCACAGCUUUCCUUGGAUUGGUUGUAGGUGCCAUUUUCUUUGGACUAAAAAAUGAUCCCACUGGAAUUCAGAACAGAGCUGGGGUGCUCUUUUUCUUGACCAACAACCAGUGUUUCAGCAGUGUCUCUGCAGUUGAACUUUUAGUUGUGGAAAAAAAACUGUUUAUACAUGAAUAUGUCAGUGGAUACUAUAGAGUUUCUUCAUAUUUUUUUUCAAAACUGUUAUCUGAUUUACUACCCAUGAGAAUGUUGCCAAGCAUCAUAUUCACUUGUAUAACUUAUUUUAUGUUAGGACUGAAACAGGAAGUUGGGGCCUUCUUCAUCAUGAUGUUCACUCUGAUGAUGGUUGCAUAUACUGCCAGUUCUAUGGCUCUAGCUAUUGCUGCCGGUCAGAGUGUAGUAUCUGUGGCCAAUAUCUUGAUGACCAUCGCAUUUGUUUUCAUGAUGAUAUUUGCAGGGUUGUUAGUAAAUCUCCGAACUAUUGUGCCUUGGCUUUCAUGGCUACAAUAUUUCAGCAUUCCUCGAUAUGGUUAUACAGCUCUGCAACAUAAUGAAUUUCUUGGCCUAAACUUUUGUCCUACUGACAACACAACAAUUUCAAAUGAUACCUGUAAAUAUGCAGUGUGCUCUGGAGAAGACUUCCUGAGAAACCAAGGGAUUGACCUGUCUCCAUGGGGCUUGUGGCAGAACCAUAUUGCUUUAGCCUGUAUGAUCGUCAUCUUCCUUACCAUUGCCUACCUGAAACUGUUGUUUCUGAAGAAGUUUUCAUAAAGAAUUUUGUGAGAUCAGUGCAAUUCAGUCUCACAAAGUAUUUAUUGUAAAAUGUUCAUUAUUUGAGCUUUUCUUGUUAAAGAAUUACUCCCAUUUAAAUUGGAUUUAAUUUUACUGUGAUUAACAGUUUAUGUUCAUUAUAAAGGUGUUGUAGAAAUUAUGUUUGCAAUAUUGUAAUCUUUGAAAGAAGCAUAUCAACAUAAGCUAAUAAUAUAUAUAAUUUUUAUAUGUUUAUAGAAACUAGUAUAAAUACAUAACACUAGCAUAACUCAUUGAUCUGGCACUGAUGAGUAAAUGAUAAACCAUAAGUAUUGACAUUUCUGCAAUGUCAACUUUGAAAUGUCUUGGGACAUUAAGUUUUAUGUGUUUGGACUUGUGACAAUGGACCAACUAUUGCUGUUUAAUAAUAAACUUGUUAAAAUGA